UUAAUUUUUUUUCUUCUUCUUCUUUGAUAAAUGAAAUGAACACGUGUUAAUCAAUCAUUUUUUUCUUUUUCCUUCAUGAUCAAUCUAUUUGGACUAUAGUGAAAACUUCAACACAAUUUCUAAUCAAUCAACAAACAAACAAAAAAACAUUAAAGAACGAUAAUCAUAAAUGAUCUUUAUAAUUGAUCUCAAUAAAAUUACUUACAAAUCGAAGAAAGAGAGAAAAGAAAAAAGUAAAAAUCUGGUCAAAAAUCAUCGUUUUUUUUUCUGUUACAUCUAGUCAACAAUUUUAUAUAUAAACAAUUUGAAAUAAUGUGGCUGCCUAAAAAUCUAGUUUUAAUGAUGAAUAAUGAUAAUUAUAAUGAUGAUAAUCAUCUUGAAAAUAUCGGCAUUUUUCAAAACGAUAAAUGUUGUUUACAUAAACGAAGACGAUUACGAUUACGACGACAACGACAAUUACAUUCAUCAUUAACAUUAACAUCUUCAAGUCAAUGUUCGAAUUAUGAUGAUAAUCAUCAUAAUAAUAAUAAUAAUAGACAAAAUUUAUCUGUGACAAAUGUGCCAAAUACUAAACAAAAACAACCGAAAAUGAAUAUAUUAUUUUUAUUAUAUUAUUCAAUAUUCAUAUGGAUUCUAUCAUCAUCAUCAUCAUCAACAUCAUUAUCAUUAAAUUUGGUCGAAUCAAUUUCGAUGCCUAUCAAUAAAAAUAAUAAUUUACCAUUACUUGCCGGAACAUUACGUACAUAUCAAGUAUCGGCAUGUGACAAUGAAGAAUUACAUUUAGAAUGUGAUUCACGUACUGUUGUUAGUAUUGUUGUUGCCAAUUAUGGACAGCCUGUACCACAACGUCAUAUGUGUUAUAGACGGCGACCAUCAAAUGAAUGGCCAAAUUCUGAUCGAAUUCAGCAAAAAUCAACUAACGAUACAUCAUUGUCAUUGUCUUCGAAUCGAUGUACAGAAGCCAAACAUCUAUGGUAUAAAUUUUUGCUCAAAAUUGAAGAAACUUGUCGUGAACAACAUCGAUGCGUUUUACGGGUAAAUGCAACCAAUCUAGGUUUUAAACAAGAUCCAUGCGGUAAUGUGAUUAAAUUUGCUGAAGUUGCUUAUAAAUGUCGACCAAAUCAAUUUAUCAAUAAAAUUGCUUGCGAAGGACGAUCAUUACGGCUACAAUGUAAUGAUAACAACAAUAAUAAUCAUCAUGAUGAUGAUCGAAUUGUCAUAUUUUCAGCAAUGUUUGGUGCUAGUUGGAAAGGUGUACCAGAAUGUCCGGGCAGUGCUAUCAAUCAGCUUGGACCAAGUGCCACUACAAAUAGAUUUCCAAAUCAAACAAAUAUUGAUACAUUAUGUCAGGAUCCAGAUACAUCGGAUAUUGUUCAAAGAAUUUGUCAAGGACAACGUAAUUGUACAAUAUUAGCCAAUUAUGAUAAUUAUAUUUUAACAUCAUCAUCAUCUUCGAAUCGAACGUUUGCCUUACCAACCUGUCCAAUUUUGGUAAAAUAUUAUCUGAAAGUUGUUUAUACUUGUAUAUCAAAACAUAUGUUCCAAAAUGAUCAUCGUAUUGAAUCAAUAACAACGUCAACGUUAUCAUCGACGACAAUGAUGACGACAACGACCAUUGCAGAAACAACAGUGAAGCCGAUUAUUUCAUCAUCUACGAAUUUGAUUGAUGACGAUGAUGAUGAUGAUGAAAGUAUCCAUGAUAAUGAUUAUGGUGAUGAUGAUAGUGAUAAUCAGAAAUCAUCGUCUAUCAAUAAUGGUAAUGACAAUAUUUCACCAUCAAUUUCGUCGGUCAACAAUAAUAACAACAAAAAUAGAACAUUAUCUUCGAAUACAAAAUUGAUGAUGGAUUCGACAUCAAUAAUAACUAGUGGUAAAUCUUGGCGAACACGAUUACCGCAUCAAACUUCUUCGGGUACAUUUUCUGGUGACAAUAGUAAUCAAGUGUUGAUGGAUAAUCCAAAUCAACAACAUCAUCAUUUAGCUAUUAAUUGUACUGAAUUGACUACACAAAUGCAAGUUGUUGGAUUCAUAUCUGAUUGGAUUUCGGCUAUUGGUUUUGUAAAAAGAAAUCAAGAAUUGUUUGUGUUAUAUCUACUAGUCUCAUUAUUUGGAUCUUUAGUAUGUUUUCUGGCAGUAUUAUCGGCACGAUUAUAUUAUCAAAAAGGUGUGGCUGUAAAAAAAAUUCGUCAAGAACAUCAACAACAAAGAAAAUUUGUACCACAAUUUGAUUUUGAAGAUGAUCUUGAUGAUGAAGAGGAAGAGGAUGAUGAUGAUGAUGAGGGUGGCAGGGGUGGUAAUGGAAAUCAACAAGCCACUGUAGCAGGCGAUCAUGAAGAAACACAACAUAUAAUGAAGGAUAACCAUCGACGACCUUCAUCAAUGCAAACAACAUCGAUUGGUCGCUGCGAUUAUGGCCAAUCAACAAAACGUCAAUCAAUGACAGGUAUAAUUGGAAGUUCUACCACCACACCCACUAUGACUACUACUAUUACUACUUCUUCGGCUAUUGCAUCAACUCCUAGUGGUGGUGGUUACAGCACUAUUCGUCGACCACAUUCAGGUCAUAUAUCAGCCACAUCCGGUGGUCAAUCAUCAACCAUAGCUGGACAUGGUCAUUAUCAUCCUUCUUUUCCACAUCAACAAACUACUGGUACGAAACCAUUGAUUUCAACAUUGGGUCGAACCAGGCAUCAUCAACAUCAUCAUAAUAAGCCUUCAAAUCCAACAGUACGUUAUUCGGGUACGACAACUCGAACAUCAUUAUCAGCAUCUCCCAAUACAAUAACAACAACCACUACAUCGCCAAAAAGUAUUCUACGUGAUAGUGCCGUACAAACACCUACACCUAUGUCAAUGAUGGUAAUGGAUUUGCCAUCAUCAUCACGACCACCGAUAACUACAGCAACUACUAGCAUAUCUACCAGCCCGAAUUAUCGUGGUACAACAAUAUCAUUCGAGAAUGAUCAAAAAAUUUCUACCAUUGAUAUGAUACCACCGCCACCACCUCCGUUACCACCGUCACUUUUAUCAGCUGAAUUGAUGACUACUGGAUCGAAUUUGAUACAAUCAUCAUCACCAUUGAUGAUGAUGAUUGAUAGUCCAAUGGUACCGUGUGAUGUAUUGUAUCAGCAAGUGGUUAGAUGUCCAAAAUUUCCAAUAACACCUAAUUGUAACAACACUAUUGAGCCUUAUGGUAUGCCUACAACAAUAACAACCAAUUCGAAUAUAACCGGAAAACAGCAACACCAACAACAACAUCCAGCUAUAUCGACGGUGACGACAACACCCAUUAUUCAUAGUCAGCAACAACAACAUAUAUCAUUAUCAUCUUCAGAUGAACAAACUGCCGAAUCUAAACUGUUGUCGAGUAAUUUAGCCAAUUUUCUUGUUUGAUUGUUUUUCCUGCCUUCUGGUUUUAUUGCACACUUCAUUUUAUCGCCAAAUUAUCAUUUACGUUUCUGUUCUUCUUUAUUUUUAUCCGAAACAACUACCUUGUCAUUAACUGUAUUAUGGAUA